AUAGUGACUGGUUGAGAAGGAAGCUUCUGGCCUCGCAAUCACGAACGAUCCGGCCGAUCCGCCAUGGAAGAUCCCACGAUCCAAAGUGACGAACUUAUUCCCGCGAGGAACACGAACAACUUCCACUCUCUUCAAGUCGCUCGUCUUCAAGAUUCCUGAAACACAUUCAACGGAUUAACUGUUCGAACGGAUUAACGAAUUUUGUUCCUUUCGACGAGGAUCGCUGAGAAAUCGAAAUCGGACUGAAUAUUCGGAUCAGACUGUUAUCCAAGCUGUGGAGGCAGCUGGUAGCAGCAAAUGUCGAGAAGCCUUGACGUUUAAGGCUCGUUUAACGCCUAAUUGCCAAGCUGCCGCGUGCAAUUGGUCCCUUUGUUCCUCUGUCAGAGUGAUCGCGAGUGAUUCACAUUCCUCGUCCAGAUCAUCGCUUUCUUCAUUGAGUGAACUUCCCGUGUCUGCCUCUAUGGUCCCGUCAUUCCACUCUACUGAAUGUACGUUGUUUCUUCUGCUGGACCCCGAGAUGGUCUCUCGUAGCAAGCUUCGCAGAAACUCUCCAGAGUUUCGACUCUUGUCGCGCGAAAUCGCAGUGGAACGUUUCGACGAGUCAGACUCUAGCUCCUGAUCACCUGGAAUUGUCGAUUCUUUGAGUUGUCCGGCUCGGAAGAGAAUCUUCGAGAGAGGGUGAGACGCGAGUCUGAGUGUUCGGGACAGUUUCGCGAGGAUUCGUUUGCGGGUUCGCGCGGAGAAAGUGAUGCGGCUGGGAAAGAGCGUGAAAGAUCGGAUGGAUCCCCGUGGAAGAUUGAUCAGACAGCCUGAUAAAGCCAGCGGAGGAGCGAUCGCCGUGAAAGGGGCUUAAGAACGCUGGGAAUGAGAAACGUGUCAAGACCGAGCAUCGAGCGAAGGUGAAGGAUGGAGUAGCACGGUGGUUGCACUGGUCGGAAGAGGGUUUCUUUUCUUCGGCGGAGGCAAGGAAGGUAGGAAAAGAGACAUGGAGAAAUACGGCGUCGAGUUCCCGAAACACGAGUGGAGCCACCGGCUCAGCCUUCGUGGUAGCCGAAGAAGCCACCAGGGCGAGGUGGCCAGCAGAUCGGUAACCGGCUCGAUGAGAAGCACCAGAAGAUGGGCCAGUUUGCGACAGCACGUGAGCAGUAACGACGGUGGGAAGCCGAGGGUCGAGCUGCUUCUCGAUCCCCCGGGAUCCAAGCCGUCCACGCCGUCCUCUCAGCCGCACACGCCCAACACGCCACGAACGCCUCACACACCGUUGAGGAAAUCCAACUGGGAAGUGAUUGAGCACUUCACCGGCGCCCCCCGUCCUUCCAUCAUCACUAUGGGCAGAGGGUCAGAAGUCGGAGUGGGGCUGACAGCUGGAAAAGACAUGCAGGAAACGAACGCUAACGCGUCGAUAACUCAACCACCGAGGAAAUGCGCGCUUUGCCGGUUCCUGAAGUCCCUGUGCGCCUCCCAUCGUUUCAAAAACUUGCAGGUGGAGAUGCUGUACCAACGCUACUUCCUGCGGAUGAACCAAAGCAACAUGACGCACGUUCUUGGCUUAUUGGCGGGGCUGGCUCUUGCCCUAGGUGUGCUUCUAGUCUUGAGACUGAUAUUCGAGGACGACCAACAAUUUCUUCGUACUUUGGAGAGACCGGAGAAUUUGUCUUUAGCGGUGACACUGGUCGUCUGCGUUGCGGUCUACGCUGCACUGGUGGCAGCGAUAUCAAGGCCCGGGAUGAACGAAAUCUGGUUAGCCGGCGUGAGCGGAAUAGUGUUGGUGACGCUGCUGGCGUUGCAAGUGGCUUUGAAUAUACAUCUGGCGUUUGAAUCGAGGGAGUAUCAAAGCGGAGGGCCGUUGGCUGCAGCCUGGGCCGUCUGUUUCUUCAUUUACAUGGCGUACGCGCUCCUCCCGAUAAGGUUGCGUCACGCGUGCAUCGCCGGCAUUAUUUUCUCCCUAGCGCACCUGAUCGGUGCGUUCGUCCUCUAUCCGUCGCAGUAUCCUGCCAUGAUGGAACACUUGUUAAGCUCUAUCGUGGUGGUGAGCGGAACGAACAUGGCAGGCGUGUUGACGCACCAUCCCCGCGAACUGGCUCAGAGGCAAGCCUUCCUCGAAACCAGGCAAUGCGUCGAGGCUCGACUCACUACGCAGAGAGAAAAUCAGCAACAGGAACGGCUUCUAUUGAGCGUGCUGCCACGUCACGUAGCCAUGGAGAUGAAAGCCGACAUCGCCGGCAAGCCCAAGGAUACUAUGUUUCACAAAAUUUACAUUCAAAGGCACGAGAACGUCAGCAUUCUGUUCGCCGAUAUCUGCGGAUUCACUUCGCUGUCGGAUCAGUGCACUGCCGAGGAGGUCGUCAGACUUUUGAACAAGUUGUUCGCUUGCUUCGACACACUGGCGACCGAACAUCAUUGCCUUCGCAUCAAACUGCUCGGCGACUGCUAUUACUGUGUCUCUGGACUUCCGGAACCGAGGCCGGAUCACGCUCGCUGCUGCGUGGAAAUGGGUUUGGACAUGAUCAGCGCCAUCACGUUGUAUCGAGAAGUGGGCGCGGUGAACGUGAACAUGAGAGUAGGAAUACACACGGGCAGAGUUCAUUGCGGGGUUCUCGGUCUGAGGAAAUGGCAAUUCGACGUCUGGAGCAACGACGUCACCCUGGCCAACCACAUGGAGAGCGGCGGGAUACCGGGACGAGUGCAUAUCACGAAAGAGACACUCGACUGUCUCGAUGGGUUCUACGAAGUGGAAGAGGGUCACGGGGGCGAGAGGAACGCGUAUCUAAAGGAGCAUAAUAUCAAAACGUACCUAAUAGUCCCUGGGGACACGUGUAAGGGCAACUUGCCCUCCUCUGGACUGAGGAAGGGUUUGCCAGCAAAUGGGAACGUGUCGAAAGAGAUGAGGGUAAUGGGACACGGAUCUCAACACGGGAAACAGAACAAAUUAGGGUUUGGCGAGACGACAGAGACGAAGAAGGACCCCGAGGACGAGGUGAACGAGUACCUGAUGAGGGCAAUCGACGCCAGGAGUAUAGAUCGAUUAAGAGCCGAGUAUUGCACCCCCUUUAUUCUCACUUUCCGUUUGUCCAACAUCGAAGAGAAGUACUCGCGGGAAAGGGACAGAAUGCUCUCGGCAUACUUCGUCUGCUCUGGUUUCGUCUACGUGGUCGUCGUGAUCGCGAUAGCGAUCACUCUGCACGGGAGUGGAUACUUUUACACGUGUGUAACAGUGAGCACGUUGCUGAUCGCCAUGAUCAACGGGAUUCUACUGGCAGAGAAGAACGAGAGGGUGCCACGGUGUUUCCGGCAUUUCGCGGUGCACGUGUUCGAGAACCGAGGAAUGGCCCAGGUGCUGGCCACGUGCGUUGUGUUUCUCACUUUCGCUACAGCUCUGUCGCCACUGGCAACGCUGGAGAGCAUUCGCGUGUGUGGAAACGGGACAUCGCCGUCGGUCGAGUCGCCAGGUAAUUCAAGCGUGACGUUCCAGAGUAUCGACGCGCCUGUCGAUGUUUGCUAUUACAUCGUCUUCGCUGACCUGUUUCCGGUGCUGGUGAUGUUAGUAAUGAUAACCUGCGCAGUCUACCAGAUCUUAACAUCGGUGUUCAAAGUAGCCAUACUUAGUCUGGUAGUCGCUUGUUAUUUAGCCAUCAGUAUCUACGAAGCUAUACAGGAGAGGGACGUAGAACUGACUGGAAGAUGGCUGGCAGGAGUUUUAGUGGUUUUCUUUAUGGCCUGUCUCAUCGCUCAUUCCCAGCACACAGAAGCCACUUACAGAUUGGAUUUCUUGUGGAAGUUGCAAGCGACGGAGGAGAAGGAAGAAAUGGAGCACCUCAAGGCCUACAAUCAAAAGCUGCUGGCGAACAUACUUCCGGAACACGUGGCUGCCCACUUCUUAUCAACGGUUAACUCGGACGAACUGUACCACGAGCAGUGCGACUUCGUUUGCAUAAUGUUCGCCUCGAUACCAAACUUCUCCGAGUUUUACGUGGAGCUCGAGGCGAAUAACGAGGGCGUCGAGUGUCUCAGGCUGUUGAACGAGAUCAUCGCCGAUUUCGACGAGCUCCUCGCCGAGGAACCGUACAAAUACAUCGAGAAGAUCAAGAGCACGGGGGCUACGUACAUGGCCGCGUCCGGGUUGACGAGGAACACCUGCGACAUGAAAGAUUACAAACACGUGACAGCGAUGGCCGACUACGCGCUCAGGAUACGCGAACAGCUGGCCUCCGUUAAUGAACACAGCUUCAACAACUUCCGGUUGCGUGUGGGCAUCAAUAUCGGACCGGUUGUGGCCGGUGUGAUAGGCGCCCGAAAGCCGCAGUACGACAUUUGGGGGAACGCGGUGAACGUGGCCUCGAGAAUGGAGUCAACAGGGGUGUUGGACGGAAUUCAGGUGACAGAGGAAGUUCGGGACAUCCUCGCGGCCAAAGGAUAUCCGCUCACUUGCCGCGGUACCAUUCAGGUGAAGGGCAAAGGUAGCAUGGUCACCUACUUCCUGGAUGGUCCCCGCGACUCGACCAAGACCAAUAAUAUCCACAGCAAUACCAACGAAGAGAAGAUUAUCUCUGUGACGAAUGGCAAUUUGGACGGUACUGUUUCGACUAACGUCACCGUUUGAAGCAUCAAGUAGAUCUGUAUCUAUCAAAAUUUUUGCUGCAUGGACGGGAGAAACAAUCGGUUUCUGCACUCUUUCGUAGAACUCUCUUGAAUUAUUAUGAUGAAAGGACAUCGAGCUUGUUCGGAAAAUAGUCCAGGGAUUCACGGAAAUCCGAUCGAAAUUGUCGAAUUUGAGGGAAACGAAAAUUCAAAGAUCGAAGAGGAAAAAGUCCAAAAUAAAUUCAAAGAAAUCCGUGAU